AUGGAGUCUGCCUUGUCAUCAUGGCGACACAUGAGGGAGGAGAGGGAUGAUUCUGAACUAGAUAUGGGUAAACUAUACAUGCACGCGUUCCAAGGGAAGUGGGAAAAGGUGGUGAAAUUAUACGAAACAAGACCAGAGGUGUGGAAUGCAGAGAUCACGAGCUCAGAAGACACGGCACUGCACAUGGCCAUCAACGAAGACAAGGAAGAUGUUGUGGUUAGGCUGGUGGAGAUCCUCGCCGAAGCUCACGGCGGCGACCGGUGGUAUGAGAGAGAUGCUGAGGAGGCUCUGAGGAAGGCGAAUGAGGUAGCGGACACCCCUCUGCAUCGCGCAGCUGCGAGAUGGUCCGUGACAAGGUGCAAGUGCGUCGUAGAGGCAGGUAAUAAGAUGGACGCGGAUUUGCUCAGAAUCACUAACGAAUGGGGCGAGACCCCUAUCUUCGUCGCCGCUCUCGACAACCGCAAGCAUGCCUUCAUCUUCCUCUUCCGGAAAGCUCAGCUACCAAAGGAUGAGCUGCUCAGAUCUCCCCUCAACGGAGAAACUGUACUUUACUCCGCCACUCGGAGAGAGCAUUAUGACUUGGCAUUUCACAUAAUGCGACUGUGCCCAUAUCUCGUGGCCAGAUACAACGAAGAGAGAAUAACUCCUCUUCACAUCCUAGCCAGCAAAUCUUCCGCUUUUAGAAGCGGCAACGAUCUCCCGUGGUGGCGGGCAAUCAUAGACUACGGUAAGUAUGCACACACACCCACGUGUGUGUAG